GGGAGGGGGAGCCCACUGAGGAAAGUGUGUGUGUUGCAACAUUUUCACCAGGGUCAGCUGUUUGACUGCUCACAUGAUCAGAGCAAAGUAUAAAGCAGGAUGCAGGAGAAGGGCUGCUUAACUCCGAGGCUUCACAGCGCCCUGACAGAAGAGGGAAGGAGAGAGGAAGACAACAGAGGAGCACAAAAAAAGAAGGAAGGAAAGACAAGAGAAAUGGAAGAUUCCAAGGCACACGGGUCUGAAAGCAUGCCUGGAGACCUGUCAGAAGCCCUGAAGGAAGCCACCAAAGAGGUGCAUGAGCAAGCAGAGAGCACAGAGUUCAUGAAGAAUUUUCAGAAGGGGCAGGUGUCCCUCCGGGAGUUUAAGAUGGUUAUGGCUUCUCUCUACUACAUCUAUUCUGCUCUGGAGGAGGAGAUUGAGCAUAACAAGGAUCACCCAGCCUUUACUGCCGUUUACUUCCCAUCAGAACUGCACCGUAAUGCUGCCCUGCAGCAAGACUUAGAGUAUUUCUAUGGCCCAUCGUGGAGGGAAGAAAUCUCAUGUCCUGAGGCCACUCAAAAAUAUGUGGAUAGGCUCCACUACGUGGGCCAACAUGAACCAGAACUCCUGGUGGCCCAUGCCUAUACUCGGUACCUGGGAGACCUGUCUGGUGGGCAGGUGUUAAAGAAGAUUGCCCAGAAAGUUCUCCACCUGCCCAGUACUGGAGAAGGGCUGGAGUUCUUCACCUUUGAAGGGGUGUCCAGUGCCACAAAGUUCAAGCAACUGUACCGCUCCCGGAUGAACUCCAUCGAGAUGGAUCCAACCAUGAAGAAGAGAGUCUUGGAGGAAGCCAAGCGGGCAUUCUUGCUGAAUAUACAGGUGUUUGAGGAGCUGCAGAAACUGGUAUCCCAGCCACAUGAGAACAGUCACCCUGCUGCACAACAGAAGCCAGAGCUCCGCACAAGAGGCACCAGCAGAACACAUGAGCAUGGGCCAGUUCCUGUGAAAGAAGGUGAAAAAACAUCACUGACGCACACUGGUAUGCUGCCUAGCACUCCACUGGUACGGUGGAUUCUUGCCUUCAGCUUCCUCGUGACAACGGUUGCUGUGGGCUUGUUUGCCAUGUGAAGAGAAAGGACUUUAGGCUUUGCCCUCCUGCCUCUCCUCCUCAACCUAACACACCUUCCCCGUGUGAUAUGAGCAAUACCACCCAACCAGCCCUCUUCCUGGACAUUCUGAUCUUGGCUGCGCCACUAACACUUUGCUAGUGGAUUAAGAGGACUCCGAAGGCUCAUGCAAAUUCUCUCCAACCUGUGCUGAAAGCAUUUCUGAACCCACAGACUGAACUUUGCCAAAAAGCUGAGGCAAAAAAAAAAUCCUGAAAGGCAAGGCUGGCCCCUGGCCUUGCUUCAGACAGUUCCUGCAAAGAGCCCCAGAUAUAAAAUAUAGGUUUGGUAGCUUCCCUGCUGCCUGGGGGAAAAAGCCUUACUGGUGCUUUGUUCUGUCAGUGUUUUGUGCAGCUGCCUGGUACUGCAAAGAUUUCUUCUGUCGAGUUCUCAGGCUCCCCUCGGAUUACAGACUUUUUUUAUAUGACACUAUUAGCCCCUUAUAGCCUAUUUUUCCAAUCAUGACUCAGGUCAAUUUUGUUUUUAGAUAGCAGAAUGCAGUUGUUGAACAGUGUUGUCCUUGUGUCCUGUCUGUACAAUUUAUACAUUAACAAUAAACUUCAAUGUAAGGUGA